UCGUCACUUACAUUUCCCCCUGCGUGACCUAGUUUUCAAUUACCGCCGUUUCUCACUAAGAAGACGUAGCUAUGGUGCACGUUUGCUACUACCGCAACUAUGGGAAGACGUUCAAGGGCCCGCGACGUCCUUUCGAGAAGGAGCGUCUGGACUCGGAGCUGAAGCUGGUCGGCGAGUACGGUCUACGCAACAAGCGUGAGCUCUGGAGAGUCCAGUACUCGCUGAGCCGGAUCCGUAACGCCGCCAGGGAUCUCCUGACCCUCGACGAGAAGAACCCCAAGAGGAUCUUCGAAGGCGAGGCGCUUCUGAGGAAGAUGAAUCGCUACGGACUUCUCGACGAGAGCCAGAACAAGCUCGAUUACGUCUUGGCGCUUACCGUGGAGAACUUUCUCGAGCGUCGUCUUCAGACCAUUGUGUUCAAGUCUGGUAUGGCUAAGUCGAUCCAUCACUCCCGUGUCCUCAUCAGGCAGAGGCAUAUCAGGGUUGGAAAGCAAUUGGUGAACAUUCCAUCGUUCAUGGUGAGACUUGACUCUCAGAAACACAUCGACUUUGCUCUAACCAGUCCCUUCGGUGGUGGCCGUCCAGGAAGAGUAAAGAGAAGGAAUGAGAAGUCUGCCUCCAAGAAAGCCUCAGGUGGCGAUGCUGACGGUGAUGAUGAAGAGUAAAUCUUUCUCUUACCGGGGUUUUAGCUAUGCGGUUUUGGCUAUUUUGUACUUCGUUUGUUGAGGAUUGUUUAAUGCCUUCUUUUUAUCUUUCUUAAAGAGUUUGCGAACGUUUUGCUUAUUUACUACAUUUGCCUAAAUCCAGACUUUUUUCUGCUCA